UUCAUCCCAAUCCUGAUGGAUUUCCUUGCAGCGCUGGCAUGCAAACCCACAAGUACGACAAAAGCCAACUGCCUCACGUUUUGUGCACUUUUUGCACAUUGUUUGUUCGCUGGAGCUCACUUUCUUUAGGGCAUCUUGGAUGUCAAAGAGGUAGUGGAUGUAGAAGGCUCCUUGGAGCCCCGGGACUCCACCCACUGGCAGUGGAGUGUCCUGGCGACAUUGUGGACAUGGGACACUCUGUCCCUCUCGUCCCCCACGUACCAGACGUUGCAGGCACUGCUCGCAAUACACAUGGAAGCACUUGAGCAGCCUCGGCUGUUUGUAGGGCUCCAGACAUAUCCCACAGGUGACCUGGUCCUGGAUCUUCUGGAGAGCUUUCUCGGCAGCAGUGGAGGGUUUGGCAGCCAUGGCUCUGUCAGUAGUGCAGCAGACAAGCUAGAGAGAGGGUCUAGUGAAGACUGAGGCAAGCAAGCUGCUCAAGCAA